GCGCGCUUCCCGGAACAGCCCGCGCUGAGGGAAGAGAGGAAGAAAAUAAAACCCGUGGCUGGAGCCGAAGCUGGAGCUGCCGCCGCCGCCGCCACCGCCGCCUUGGCCGUCUGGAGCUCCCCCGCGCGGACGAUGCCCGCGGUGCCCGCGCGGGGCUCGGGGCUGUGAGGCCCAGGGCGCGGGGUAGCUAUGGCGACCGCUAGCGCGGCCCGCGGUGCCGCCUGACAGGUGUGGGCCCCGGAGGCGGCGGCGGCGGCGGCUCGGAGCAGCAUGUACGCCAAGGGGGGCAAGGGCUCGGCCGUGCCCUCCGACAGCCAGGCCCGCGAGAAGUUGGCACUCUAUGUAUACGAGUACCUGUUGCACGUUGGUGCCCAGAAGUCAGCCCAGACCUUUCUGUCCGAGAUCCGAUGGGAGAAGAACAUUACGCUGGGGGAGCCCCCAGGGUUCCUGCAUUCCUGGUGGUGCGUGUUCUGGGACUUGUACUGUGCAGCACCUGACCGCAGAGAGGCGUGUGAGCACUCAAAUGAGGCCAAGGCCUUCCAGGACUACGUGAGUCCCUGCCCCGGGGACUGGGACCAGGGCUCGUGGGCAUGGGCAGGUUUCUGGGCCUGUGGCCUUGGGGUCCUGUGUGGCCUGAGGCUGGCUUGGGUGGCCAAGUGGGUCUGGCUGUGGGGAUUGAUCUGGGAUCUGGCCACUUCUGGGGAGUCCCUAUUCCCUCUACUCAGUAUAGGGAUACUCACAAGAUGGGGGAGGUCCUUCCACUGCGCUCAGCUCCUGAGGGCCCCCACAGCCCCCCCCCCCCAUACCUUCCUGAGGCCGGCCCCGCCUCUCUUCUCCAUCAUCUGAAUCCCCCGUGGAGCCAGGAGCUCCUGCCUCCCCAUCUGCCUAGCUGUGUAUGUGUAGUUUGUGUGUGUGUGUGUCUACAUGUGUGGCGGGGGACAGGGUUGGGGCCACUACUGCAUGUCCCCUCCCGCCCCAGCCUUUCUGAGUGCAGGCGGGAGUGGCGGUGGGGGUUGGCUAACUGGCAGGUGCACCCUUGAGCAGUAGAGGCCCAGCAGUGGGCACACUUCCUAACUUUGCUUGGUGGCUGAGGCUGUUGACUCCACCUCUUUGGCCUCAGUUUCCUUCUGGGUUGAGUGGGGGUCAGAGGCCUGUCUGAAGAGGAAAGGGCAUGACAUGAAAGGGCUGGUGGCAUUUUGUCACGCGCAGAUGGCAGCCCCUGCCUUUAUCUUCUUGGCCUUGGGUGUGGGGCUUGGCCACCCGGCUUCUCCGAGGGGUCUCUGGUUGGCCAGGAAAGGCUUGGGGGCUCCGGGCCCACUCAAGGGGGAAGCGGCAGCUCAGCUGGCGUCCAGGGGCGGGCAGCUCUAGGCGAGUCCCCCCCUCCCACCGCCCUCCCCGUUGUGCGCCCACACUCCGACGGCCGUCCUCGCGUCCUGAGCAAUCCUCCCCGCUGCGCCCCCUCGGGCCUCCCAGGGCGUGGCGGUCCCCAUCUCGCUCUGCAAUUGGUCAAGGUUGUGCACCGCCUCCCCGCAUAAUGCAUCCCCUCCCCUGCCCAGUGCAGGCCUUCGUAGGGCGGGAGUGCGGCCCCAGAGGGGUAAGGCUUCGUCUUGUCCCUGAAGACGCUCCUCACGCGCCUUACGCUGUGCUUGGGAGCUGGGGUCAUACUGUUGGUCCCUAUUGGGUCCCACUGCUCGUGUGCUGCCCCCCUGUCCCUCUCCUGCCAGAACUGGGGCUCCAGGGGUGUCUGGAGUUGUGUGCGUGCCUGACUCCGUGAGGGCGCCCCCUCCCAGUCGAGCCCUAGCCCCUCCCGGCCUGCUCAGCGCCCCUUCCCUCUCCGCCCCGGCUUUGCCUCUGCCCGCGACUCCAGCGGCCUCUCAGGGCGCCUCCAGGGAGGGCAAGGAGGGCGGAGCGCUUGGUUCUUCACACGGAGGGGAACGCGCUUCCCGGGAGCGCGCCGGUUACCAUGGCAGCGGAGCGCGCGUGGCGUGGGGGGGUGGGGGGAGAUGGCACGGGCACAACGGACGUGGGUGGGGGGAUGGGGACCCCCCCCCGCCCCGCCCGCGGUGGGUAGCGACCUGGCCCCGGGGUGGCGGGUUCUCUGUGGCUGCGGGCGCAUAUCCUGCCCGGCCGCUGCUCUAGCGCCCUGCUUGCCUCCUCUACGUGGUCGGUGUGUGGGGGGUGCCUCCGAGUGGGGACUCAGUUCGCCCCUCCCGGCUCUGCUGCCGACCUCGGCAUCUCCAGGAAACGCUAGCGCGCCCAACCCGUCGUCAUAGCAACGCAGGUUGGGCCAGGGCGUCUCCGGGUGGAUGAUGGACGUGGUGGGGGGGGGGGGCCUAG